GAGUGCAAUGCGCAUGCGCCUGUGUUGCUGACGCGCCUCCGACUUGCCGUAGAAAAGCGAAAGUCAUUUCAACUGGAGGAGUAUGUCAUAUGUGAAGCUGGUGUCGCUGUGCGCCGUGGCUCCGGGGCUGGCGGGCCUGCUGAGCGGCUCGGUGCUGGCGGCCACGGAGGGGAAGAAGAGGAGCAGCCAACCGGCUCUGAGCAUCGAUGAGCUGCCGUCUCUGUACACCACACCUGAAUCGGAGGCUCGGUACGUGGAGCCGGAGGCCGGAGCUGUGGAGCAGAGCGUGGCGUCGCUGAGGAAAUGGGCCGAACCGUACACCAACCAGUGUCAGCAAACUGGACAGGCCGCAGUGGAGAAAGUCGAGCAAGUGUACAGAACCGUGGAACCAACCGUCAGCGCCACGAUAGCAGCAGCAACUGAUACCUUCCAGUUCCUCAGUGACCCUCCUCCUGACCUCUACCCCAGUGUGGCGGCUGUGAGCUUCUCCGGCUUCCUGGGACUUUAUUUGGCCAAAGGCUCCAGAGUGAAGCGUCUCGUAUUUCCAGUUGGACUCAUGGCUCUGAGCGCCUCCAUGUUCUAUCCUCAGCAGGCUGCAGCCCUGUUAAAGGCGAGUCGAGACUCUGCGUCCAGCUGGGCUCAGCAGGGACGAACCGCCGCCGAGAAUCUCUGGAAAGAUCCACCGUUUGCCAAGAAGAAGCCCGAGAAGAAAGAGCAACCAGAGAGCGACGACACGAGCAGCUGAAGAAGAAACACAACCCAGUAACACCCUCACACCUGUACAUGAAAACACUCUACAAACUCCAACACACAGGCUUGUUUUGCUUUAAUCUACAGCAGAAACUUAUAAGUCAAGACAUUCUUGAACACCACAGCUUCCUACAGGAAACCUUUUCUUGAAUAACUUUUCAGGUUUUGUUCCAGUUAUUCAGAUAACUUCCUUAAAUCUGCUUCUUUAAACAGUCCUCAACGCUCCUCCUCCUCUGUAAGAAGCAAAUCACCUGCCAAACUCAGCAACACACUGGAUAUAUCUCUGAUGUCAGCAGACAUUAGCAUCGCUCGGCUAACAACUAGCAUCUCUUAAGCUAUUCAUUUGCAUUCAUAAAGAUCAAGUCAUUCCCAGGCUAGUCAUUAGCACCUCCAGGAAUAGUUAGUACCAUUCCUACAGUGACGACUAGCAUUCCUACGCUAGUAUUUAGCCUUCUUAAGCUAUCACUAGCAUUCCCGGGCUAACCACCUGCGUUCCCAGGAUCACAACUGCCAUUCCAGUGCUAAUAGUUGGCAUUCCAAGGCUAACCACUAGCAUUCCCAGGCUAGCUGCUUGCAAUCAUAGGAUUACAAGUACCAUUCCUGGGCAGUCAACUAGCAUUCCUAGCCUUGCAACUACGAUUCCUAGGCUAGCAUAUGACCUCCUCAGGCUGACAACUAGCAUUCUAAGGUUAGUCACUGGAAUCCUUAGGCUAACCACUACCAUUCCCAGGCUCAAAGUUGGCAUUCCUCGGCUGGUUACUAUCAUUUCCAGACUAGCAACUACCAGUCCUGUGCUAGCAGUUGGCAUUCCUAGGUUAGCAACCAAAGCUCUUGGGCUACAAACUAGCAUUCCUGGCCUAGAAACUACAAUUCCUAGGAAGGCUAACAGCUAGCCUUCUUAAGCUAACAGUUGGCAUUCCUUGGCUACCAACUGGAAUUCAGAGCUUACAACCAGCAUUCUUUGGCUUGUCCUUAGCAUCUGGAGGCUGCUCACAACCAUUCCUAGGCUAACGAAUAGCAUUCCCAGGCUAACAACUCGCAUUUUUGGGCUAGCGAUUGACACCCCCAGCCUAGUUAUUUGCAUCCCUACUGUACAUUCAUAAACACUGAAACAAAAUGUUUAUUAACUGUAGGUGAGUUGCACAUACGUAUAGUCAUUUUCUCAUUAAAGGGACUAGCGACUAGUCAAAGUAUGCUAGUCGCUAGCCUAGAAAUGCUAGUUGACAGCCAGGGCAUGCUAAUGACUAGACUUCUGGAUGCUAAUGACUAGCCAAUGGAUGCUAAUGACUAGCCAAUGGAUGCUAAUGACUAGCCAAUGGAUGCUAAUGACUAGCCUGAGGAUGCUAGUGAGCAGUAAAGUCAGUUAUAUGUCCGGUGGGUUGCUGAGGCCAGCAGGUGAAUGACUUCUCUGUAAAUUAAUGUGUUCAGCUCAGUGAACUGGAGACUCUCAUCUAGAAAUGACAAACACUGAACUGUUCCUUGAAGCCUUUUUACCAUAAUGACAUCAGUUUUGUUAUUAUAUACAAAUAGUAGCUGUGACAAGCCAGUUCCAGCCAGCAUUUAGCAGAUAACUCAGUGGGUUUUGUAUCAUUUAUUCAGCCUUUCUGCACAUUACAUCCUUCAGUGUAUCAGAAAAAGUCAAAACUACACACCAGUAGACUACUUUCUGUGAUUAAAAGGAGCGUUUUUGUGCUGAUUAGUUUCAGUUUCUAACAUUCAGACACUCUGGAGACACCAGGAAGUGUGAACCUGAGUGAAUUAAUUUAAAGUGAUGCUUGUGUUUCUGCUGUAAUCUAACCAAGGGCCAAAUGAUGUGCUCAUCAUCCAUCCUAAUUAUUAGUGCACUGUUGAUUGUCCAUGUCUGUUCAUGCUCUGUAUAUACUGUGUGCAAUUAAAGCUGCUAUUUAUCACUAAA